UUUGCUUUUUCCGUUUGGAGUGGACGGUUUUUGCAAAACAAAUUGAACAGACGAAACGUUUUGCAACAUAAUCGGCGUAAUGAUUACGCCUCAGUAAAAUUCCUAAUCGCGUUAUUGAGGUGAUUUGUCCACGUGAGCAUCCGUACUGUUCAUUCAGCUGAGAGCUGCAAGGAGCGAGUGGAUGGGGGGAGGCAGAAAAUGGAAACCGUGGACAAAUGGAACAAAUGCCUAAUAUCACCUAAGUUGUUGGAUAGAAAAGUAUUUCCCAAACAGAAUGGCAAGACAGGCAUGAUUGCUAAGCAUCUUCACAACACAUUCAGACUUCAACAUAGUUUGCAGAUACAGUCCAUCACUCGCUCAGAAUGUGCCACUGGCUCCUGUCCAAAUUUGAUGAUGAGUAGGAAUGAGCGCCACGAGCCUCGGCCUGUCCCCGUUGCCCUCACCCCCCAGCUGGCCCCAAGGGCCCACCGGCCCCUCUGCCUUUCUGUCUCCUCAGAUAGCAAUGGCCGCUUCAAAGCUCUGGAGACCCAAGAGUGGAAGAACAAUCUCAAAGCCCAGAUGGAGCAGGCCCACAGUGCAGGAUCAGCCAGCAGCACAGGCUCCUUGGAGAGGGCCUCGUUGUUUUGUGCCUCUGGUUCCACCACGGCCUCCAGCUCUGGCUUGUCCAGCCCCGUGGAGAACCUCACCAAGAGCAAGUCCUCCAGCCGCUUCUCCCUCUUCUCCCCUCCCUGGAACAGCAGCUCAGAGUCCGACUCCAACCCCCCCUCCCGCUCCGGCUCCAAGAAGCUGCGUAACUACAGCAUGAGGGCGGCCACAGGUCCGGCCGGGGUGGGGGCAGGGGGCAGGGCGGGUCCACCAGAAACCCCAGACAUGCCCAAACAGAACAUCCCGGAACACUUCCAGUACUCUGAGCCCGUCAUCUCCAAGGUGACGGACUACAUCUUUGUGGGCAACCUGAACGCGGCGUACAACGGGCGCACGCUGUGCCGCAACAACAUCGACAGCAUCAUCGACAUGAGCAGCCUGCCGGGGGACCCCGGCCCCAGCCUAAGCCUUAUCCCCUGCACCUGCUCCCGAGGCGCCCGCCACAGCUGGUCCCGCCUCAAGGUGGACAUUUGCGAUGUACCAGAUGCGCUGGGCGAGGGAAGCCCUGCCCUGAAGCAGCGCUGCUUUGAGGACAUCAACGAGUGCAUCGAGGCUUCCACGGAAAAAAGGAAACGCGUGCUGGUCCACUGCCGUGACGGGUACUCCCUGGCUCCGACCUGUAUCAUCCAGUACCUCAUGGUGAAGCAGAAUAUGCGGCUGAUCUCGGCCUACGAGCUGCUGAGGGCCAAGUACCCCGUCAACAUCAGGGAGUGUCACCAGAACGUGCUGGUGAGCCUGGAGAGAGCUCUGCGGCCUGGAGGAAACGUGGACCCAGAGUGCUUCAAGCAGGCCAUCUCAAGGAAAGUGGCCUGGACAUGACCUGACUCCUCCCCCUCCAUUCCCCUCUCCCUGUAGUUUGACCCUCUUUAUUUUUCUAAUCUAAUCAUGGCAUUCAAUGGAUAUUUUUCUAUGGACAAUUUUUGAAAGGCAGCUUUACUUUCUGUCAUAGUCAACUGGAUAUGGUGAUGUUGCCACUUAGUGGGCUUCAAAAGGAUUGGGACAGUGACACGUGUUGGUUCUGUACUCCAGCACUUUGGAUUUAAAAUGACACAAUGACUGAGGUUAAAGUGCAGAUUGUCAGCUUUAAUUUAAGGUUAUUUUCAUCCAUAUCUGGUGAACCGUUGUAGACGUGUUUAGAAACAUUAUAUUCUUAUUUACAAAAUAAAGUGACUCCAAAAUGACACUAUACAUUAUUUACCAUUCAUUUCUAUUGGGCACAAAAUAAUCUGAAACACAACCAAAACAAACAGCUAAUGCAUCCAAAAAGUUUGUAGAGUCUCACAAGCGUGAUGUAAUUUUUGCGUGCUAGGAAUAUGGGACCAAAUACUACAUUUAUGACUACUUUAAUACACAUAUAAGUGAAUUUGUCCC